CCUCUCUAAGUCUCUACCCGCACCAGCACGUGCGAAGGCUUCCGCCACCGGCGCCGCCGGUUAUCCACCGCCGGUUCAAUCCUCGUUCAACUUGUUUGCAUUGUAUUGUAGGUUUAUGGUGGAGCCAGGGAACAUUGUGCCGAUGGACUUCAAGAGUAAUCGUUGGGCUGGGAACAUUUUCGACCAGUUGGAGCACGUGUUUCGUACGGAUAUGGAUGAAUUGGUAAACAAGGAUACUUUGAAAUUUUUCGAGAACAAGGUGCAAAGUGUAGGCAUGUCUGUCAAAAGACUUUACUCUGGUGUAGUGCAAGACAUAUUUCCACUCUCUGGGGACACUGCAGAGCCCGAGCAACAAUUGGCUGCUGGUGAACAAGUUGAUGUGCAGGAUGGUGUGUUAAUUUCUAGGACUGGAGCAACUUCCACUUGGGCUGAUGAAAUGCAACUGGCAAAUAAUCAUGUCUCCGAUUAUGACAAGGUGCGAAUCUCUCAGCUGGCUGAUGUCCCGGAGGCACAAAAUAAGAGAGAACAAGGGAAUGGCAUGGUCCCAGAUAGCGAAGACAGUAUUACUGCAGAAAAGAAUGUUACAGAUGGUGGCGUUUUUUCAUCAGAGUUUGAUGAGGACGUAUUUCCUUUGCUUGCAUUUUCAGCCCAUGAAGAGGAAAGAAGGGAUUUGAACCAGCAAAAAGGAGAUGAGGAAAAAUACAUGGCUCUGUCUAAAAGCUGCUCUUCAGAUGUAAAUGGGAGUUUAUAUUCACCACCUGUACCUGUUUUGACUCAAGAUUGUUCGCUGGCAGAUUCACCACUUCCUCUUGCUUGUGAUGUUGAUGACGAGGUUCAGGAAAAAUAUAUGGCUGUGUCUAAUAUCUGCUCUACUGAAGAUGAUAGUGUUGAUUUAUCGACCUCAGUUCAGUCAUCUGAACGUGUGCUUUCAUUUUUUUGCGAUGAAAAAGAAGAAACUGUGGCUGUCAUGUCUUCCGCCUAUUGUACAUCCCCAUGUUCUUGUAUGACUACAAAGUCUUCGUGCGCAGAGUUUUCUAAGGAGGCUGAUGAUGUCCUGCACUCUCGUAGUUCCAGAGUAUCUGAAUGUUGCACUCAUGAUAUUUCUGCUGCAUCUUCCACAAAGUCUCUAAUGAUGGAAUCAAAUGAUGACAACGCAUUGCACGCCAAUAGGUCAGAAUUUUUGGAUGGUUCAUUUAAAAUCUGCCAUGAAGAACAUUUCAAGAAACGCCAUUCUGAAAUUUUAAUGUCUCCAUCUGAAUCUGAGUUUAUGUAUGGACUCGGUGCCCGAAUUGGAGACCUUGAUUUGGACAACGUCGACCUUUCCUCAAAUGUAAAGCAUGAUGAUGGAAGAAGUGUCGUUUUGUACAGCAAUUUUCCCCAACCUAGCUCUUAUAGAAGAAAAAAUUUCAGUUAUUAUAAGAAAUUAAUACACGGUGCCUUUAAUUCUCGAAAGAGGAUAGCCAAGGAAUACGAGCAGUUGGCAAUAAUGUAUGGUGACAUUGAUGUGGAAUCAAAGCAGCAUUUUACGCAAAGUUCCGUGUCCUCAUUUCUGAACACAGCUCUACAUGCGGAGGGAACACAGUCGUCUCAGGAGAUGAGUGAAAACGACUGGCAGCUGCUCUGAGUGUCACAUUUCCAUCGGUAACGCUGGAGGCCAUUUCUUCAACCAGAUAUAUAUUUUUUCUAUAUUAUCAAAUUUUCAUUAAUUUAAAACUUCAGACCUCUUUGUUUUUGUUUUUUUGAGGAAAAAGCUAACAGCUGCUUUUGGCUAGUGUUUUUAUGACAAAUUGUUUCUUUUAUUAAAUUUCUACUAGUUCUUACA